AUGGACCUAAAGGGUACGUUCUCCUGGGCAUGCUGCCUGCUGAGUAGUUUGUACGUCUCCUCUGCCUUUGCUCUCCCAGUCGGAGACUCUGCCCCUGUGGCCGGAAUUCAAGAUCCUGCAGUGGGACAGUUUUGGCAUGUGACUGACUUACAUCUAGACCCUACAUACCACAUCACUGAAGACCAUACAAAAGUAUGCUCAUCAUCCCAUGGGGCAAAUGCUUCCAAUCCUGGUCCUUUUGGAGAUUUUCUAUGUGAUUCUCCAUACCAACUCAUCUUAUCAGCAUUUAAUUUCAUUAAGAGUUCUGGACAGCAAGCAUCUUUCAUGAUAUGGACUGGGGAUAGCCCUCCUCAUGUUCCAGUUAAGGAACUCUCCACGGAUGUAGUCAUAAAUGUCAUUGGCAAUAUGACAACCACCAUCCAAAGCCUCUUUCCCAAUUUCCAGGUUUUCCCUGCUUUGGGAAAUCAUGACUACUGGCCUCAGGACCAACUGCCUAUAUCCAGCAGCAAAGUAUAUGAUGCUGUAGCCAACUUCUGGAAACCGUGGCUAACUGAGGAAGCCAUCCAUACUUUGAGGAAAGGUGGUUUUUAUUCACAGACUGUUCCAUCUCAUCUGAGCCCUCAGCCCCUCAGGAUCAUCAGUCUAAACACCAACUUGUACUAUAGCCCCAAUACUGUCACUCUCAACCAGACUGACCCAGCAAAUCAGUUUGAGUGGCUGGAGAACACACUGAACAGCUCUCGGCAAAAUAAAGAAAAGGUAUAUGUGAUAGCACACGUACCAGUGGGAUAUCUACCGUAUUCAAGAAAUACAACUGCUAUGAGAGAAUAUUACAAUGAGAAACUGAUUGGUAUUUUCCACAAGUACAGUGAUAUUAUUGCAGGACAAUUUUAUGGACACACUCACAGGGAUAGCAUUAUGGUCCUUUCAGAUAGCAAAGGAAAUCCAAAAAGCUCCUUGUUUGUGGCUCCUGCUGUGACACCAGUGAAGAGUGUUCUAGAAAAACUUACCAACAACCCUGGAAUCAGACUGUUUCAGUAUGAUCUUAAUGAUUAUCGAUUGCUGGAUACUUGGCAGUAUUAUUUAAAUCUCACAGAGGCUAACAUGAAAGAAGAACCCAGCUGGAAGUUGGAGUACAUCCUGACAAAGGCUUAUGGGAUUGAAGACUUGCAACCAAAAAAUUUAUAUGGGUUAGCUAAGCAAUUUACAACCUUAGACAGUAAACAGUUCUUAACAUAUUAUAAGCAUUUCUUUGUGAGUUAUGACAGUGAUGUCAUGUGCAGUGGAGAUUGUAAGACCUAUCAAAUUUGUGCAAUUAUGAAUCUUGACCAGGAAUCAUAUACAAACUGCCUCAAGCAAUAUGGCCUUUGGCACGUGCAAUAGACUAGAGGAACUUGUCAUUUACGCAGCAAAGCAAAUGACCCAAGUUGAAGCCACAGGACUUAUUUUCAGUGCCCUGCAAUAUGAACUUUAUAAAUAAUCUUAUCAUAUAAAAAUAUUUGAAAAACUAGAUAAUGCAAGAUUUGCUUGCACUAACCUACAAAAUGGGAAAUGGGAAAUUUAUUCUUAUCUUUCCAUGCAAUUGGUCUUAGGUAAAACCACUGAAUCUAUUUGUGCCAAUUUCUGCAUCUGCAACUGAAAACUAUGAUAUUUGGUAUGUGAUCCAAUUCAUCUUACCCUAUAUGGGAAAUAGAGCUAUAUGGAGCAUUUUUUGUCUUUGGGGAUUAAAGGAAAAGAAUUUCAUCCAUUCUUCUUUCACUUCCCACUGCACCCCUACUGCACCAACUCUAUGAAUGUUAGAAUUUGGGGGAAAAAAAAAAGACUUUCAAAAGGAUCAUGUUUGGAUCGUAAAUGGGAUCUGAUAAGAGAAGAGAAAAAUGUGUUCUUAUUGUGGGUGGGGAUUUAUAAUUGCCUUUUUAUCUGUAUUCUCUCAACCAGACCCCAGGUUACUUCCUCAUUUAAUAUCCUCUUCUCCUGCUGAGUAAAGUUAUACUCUAAAGGGAAUGAGGGCAGGGAAGACUAAGCCAGUAACUUUAUACCAACCAAAGGGAAGAAUUAUGUUUAAGCUUCUUUAAAGUCUUGACUUGAUGGGUUAAGAAGUUUUAUAAAUACAAGAUGUUUUUAUAGUAAGACAAAAUUAUUGCAAGUCCUAUGCUGGAUACAAUGAACAUGGAAAACACUAUACUUACUAAUCAUUAGAUAAUAUGUUUUUGUUUUGCUGUGGGUUUUAAAAGGUUUUUUAAAAUGAGAAUGCUGAAAAAAUAUUUUGUAUACAUACUGUGGGAAAAUCACUUGAUGUGCACCUUCAGCUAUAAAAUGUGGCAUUCAGGUUUUGUGCAAUACUUUUAUUACUGAAUGUUUUUAUUUCCCAUAGGAAAAUUGGAACAUGAAAUUUAAAUAAAUUAUUGUGGAAAACUAAGGAGCAUUUUGUUCAGUACUUACUUAGAUAAUUUUUGCAUUCUUCAGAAAUACUUGGCAAUUAUAAUGCCUGUUUUUAUUGUCAUUUCAGGUUGUGUCCAAAUAUACAAUAAAUUAUAAUAUAUUCACAAUAAUUCCUCUCUGGA